AUGCGAUUUGGGAGCAAGUGUGAGCAUUCUGCCUUUGACUGUGCAAGGCGUUUGGGUUUUGAGAUAUACAAGGAAUGUCAUUUCUCUUUGAUUCUUGCUGAUAGAUCAGUUAAGCUUCCAGUAGGCAUGCUUGAGAUAUGCCACUCAAGACCUUUCCUUGCCACUGCUGGAGCUAUAAUAGACGUGAGAAGAGGCAAGAUUGAGCUGAAUUUGGGUCAAGACUGCAAGAUGGUGUUCAAUGUAAAAGAUGUUAUGAAGCAACCAACCAUCAAUGGCGAGUCAUUUUACAUUGAAACACUUGAGCAGCUAGCCGAUGACUAUUUGGAAGAAUUGGUGUCGAGGAUAAGCUGCAGUUGGCUCUGA